UGGCCUCACAUUCAAUUUCAGCGGAUGAAUUAUCCGACGUGGCCUCCACCCAACGCCUCCCCUCUUCACCCGCUAGAGCCGUGGGGCCGUCAGCUCUUUGUGUUUCGGCCAUAUGCGGGAGACCUCUCCGCGGCUAUCAAAGGGCCUUAUCCCCGAAUACCCCCUCUACGAGGACCCGUCCCACCUUUCGACCAGCUCUCUCCCCACCUCGAACGGCUUGCUACAGCAGCAGCAGAAGCAGUUGACGCCGCAGAAGAUGCUGUUGCUGCGGCUAGCCGGUCUGGCACGUUCUCUGAUGCUGCGUAUGAGGCUGCAACAGCAGCAAAUCGUGCAGCAGCAGCGGCAGCGACAGCAGCAGCAGCGGAAGUGGCGGCAGGCCCCCUUCUGCCGGCAGAAGCGCCUGUGCUAUGCGUAGCUGACCAUGGCAGACGGCCGCUGAUGUUUCUUUCCCGUGAGGAUUUGGGUGUUUUGAAGGAGCACAUGCAGCAAUUCAAACAGCUCAUUGAAGAUUUCAGGCAGGAAGCUACCGCAUCCAACAUCGAGGGCAUCUAUGCAUUCCGUCGCCGCUUGCUGCCGUACAAGACAGUAGGGAUGCAGCGCAUGAAGAAGGGCGAGCACCAGUCUUACGGAAUGAAAAAGGGAGUACCUAGGGAGAAAAAAACGUAA